CUAAAGGCAUAUCCCCACCCCUGGCCCUGACCUCUCUUAUCUCACUACGAACCUAAAACCCACCUCCUUACUCCUCACUCUUUUUCUCUCUCUCUCUUCGCUCAACCUUCCUUCACUUCUCUUCUUUUUCAUCCUCAAGCCAAAAUUCAUGUCGGGAGAGAAGCUAGGGGAGCUCUUCCAACAUGACAGUACCAUCUUCGACCCAUACUCCCUUUUCUCUCUACGAUCUGGGGGGCCGCAGGGGCUUGAAUCUGGCCUGCCACAAUUUUCAGGCUUCUUAGAUUACCUACAAAGCUCCACCGACUUUGGCUUCACGAGCUCGUUAUCACAGGAACCUUUCGGCCUGAUCGGAGAUAGGCAUAAGGUCUGCAAAGCAGAGCCGAGAGCUACUGAAAACGUGAUCAGCUCAGUUUUUGCUGGUGGAGGGACGAGAGCCAUGACUGCUAAUUCCUCGGUGUCUUCCUCGUCGACUGAGGCUGCCGGAGAAGAAGAAUCAGAUAAGAAUGAGAAGAAUGAGGAGAAGGAGCAGGAGGAGGAGGACGAAGAGAACAAGGAUGUAAAGGGGGUUGAUGAUGGAGCUGAUGAGGACGAGAAGGCUAAGACAGUAAGCAAGUCGAGGAAGAAAGGAGAGAAGAGGCAAAGACAGCCGCGCUUUGCCUUCAUGACAAAGAGCGAGGUUGAUCACCUAGAAGAUGGUUACCGUUGGAGAAAAUAUGGCCAAAAGGCAGUUAAGAACAGCCGUUAUCCGAGGAGCUACUAUCGUUGCACCACACAGAAGUGUUUAGUGAAGAAGAGAGUCGAGCGAUCACACGAAGACCCAUCGAUAGUUAUAACAACUUAUGAAGGACAACAUACUCACCACUACCCAUCCAACGUGCGAGGGAGCUCUCACAUGCUCGCAAACCCGCAGUCCUCCAUGCCGCCAAGCUUCCACCAUGACUUGUUUCUGCAAACCCUAACACCUCCACUUCAGCAAUUUAACCUUCCAGCAAACUAUCAUGAACUUCUUCUUCUACAGAACAGUAUCCAUCCAUCGUUCAUUAACAGCAACCAGCCAUGAUAAUACUUAUGAAAACUAGUUUGAUAUAUGUUCUUAGUUUCUUGUAAAUAUGAAACCUUUGGAUUCUAAUUCUGCUAUUAAGUGCUACUAGCUAGCUAUAAUGCCGUAGAACUGCAUGUUAAUUUGAUUUGGCUUUGAAGUUCGAUCUCUUCCAAA